UGCAAGCAAAUUUUGCACAGUCUGUACAGCCGACGAUACGUCAAAGUAAUAGUAAUUGUUGUUGAUGAUACAUUGCAUUCAUAGGUUGUCAGUAAAUGAAUUUUAUAAUUUAGAGACUUUCAACCAGUUUCUUCUUAUUGUAAGAUUAUAGGAAGUGAUUAGAAGACAAACUUUAGUAAAAAAAAUUUAUUGUGUGGCCUUUGUGAUUGUUGAUAUUAUUCUUAGUGGAAAUGUAAUUUAGUGUUUUAGUGUGAUUUUGACUUUGAACAACUGUUAGCUAAUAGCUAGAUCAGCAAAGUGUAGCAAUGUCAGCAAGUGACGAUACUGAGUCUUAUUAUAUUGAGUCUCCAUUGUCUCAAUUUGAUUCUCCAUAUAGCUCUCCUUCUCAACAAGUGCCACAGCUAGCUUCAUCAAUGACAGGUCUAAGUUGUGCUGAUGGAAAACCUCAGCUUCGAAUUCUGGAGCAGCCACAGAACCACUUUAGGUUCAGAUAUAAGAGUGAAAUGGUCGGUACACACGGUUGCCUUCUUGGCGAAUCUUACGCCAAUAGCAAAACAAAAACUCAUCCCACUGUAGAGUUGGUGAACUUCAGCGGGCGUGCCGUGAUCAGAUGUCGGCUGGCGCAACAUAAGACGGCCGAUGAGCACCCUCACAAACUUUUGGAAGAGGAGCAGGAUAGAGACGUGAGCUAUGUCGUCCCCGAACAAGGAAGCUACAAAGUCGGAUUUGCCGGUAUGGGGAUUAUACACACUGCGAAAAAAGAUGUCCCAGGCUUGCUAUAUAAAAAAUAUUCGGAAUCAGUACACAAUAGCAGAGUCAAUCCAAAAGAUCUAAAAGUCUUUUGUGAAAACGAAGCGAAGAGCAUCAAUUUGAACAUUGUGCGGUUGAGGUUCAGCGCUCACGAUAUCAACACUGACCAAGAAAUCUGCCCUCCAGUAUUUUCUAAUCCGAUAUUCAACAUGAAAUGCGCCGCCACAAACGACUUGAGAAUAUGUCGAAUAAGUCGAACUUGCGGCCGUGCCGCUGGAGGCGAAGAUGUCUUCCUGCUCGUGGAAAAAGUGAACAAGAAAAAUAUAAUGGUUCGCUUCUAUGAGCUAAAUGAUAACGGCGACGAAGUAUGGUCAGCGCCGGGCCACUUUCUACAAAGUGACGUCCACCAUCAGUACGCCAUAGUGUUCAGGACCCCACAAUAUCAGGACCCUAACACACCAGUACAAAAAAAAGUUUUCAUAGAGUUAGUCCGACCAACAGACGGACGCGUUAGCGAACCAAAAGAGUUUUACUACAAAGCUGCGCCGACUUCCAAGUUCAAUAAAAAACGCAAGGUUAACUCGGCGUUUUCUUCCUACAGCUCUACUGACAGUUCUGUGAGGAGUAUCAAUAGUGAAAUUCCAGCUACAGUGCUGUUUAUGAACGAAAAAAAUGAACAGGCCGAGGAAGAACUGAAAAAUGACCAGUUCUUCAAUAUACCUCAGAUACCGCAAAUACCCAAGUCCUCUCCUUUGAGCUCCAAUGACCUGGGCGAAGCACUAUACGGUAUGCAAACUCAAAGUAGCCCGUCUGAGAGUAAUUUCUACGACAGUCCGAUGUUGCCUCAAGCUAUUGUUGAGCCACCCGACCUCCAGCUUAACUCAGCUGAAUUGGAAAGAAUAUUAAAAGUGAAUACAAGCCUCCCGGUUGAGGAAAAAGAACGGUUUUGCAAUGCUGAUUGGACAGAGUAUCUGAAGUCGUAUUCAGACAGCUUGAAUGACGAGAAUCAUUCUAAAAUGGAAUCCUUGACAAUGGAAAUAGUACGGUCAAUGCUGACAACCGAUUCCGGACGGCAAGUGAAAACGGAAGCGAGUUCAAAAAUGGAGAACAAAAUUCUUAUAAAACAGGAGAAUUUGAACACAAAUCCAGAUCAAUUCAAUAAUGGCACCGAAUACUCGGCUGUUUACACAGCCAGUGAGGGGAAGGAAGUCAAGAAGCUGGUAAGGGACUUAUGCGAGAUGAUAAGAACAAAAACUGGUAUUCAAAAACCAAUAGUAAGGGCUAAAUUGGAUCGACUCUUUGAAAUGAGGCUGUCAAAUGGAGACACAUUUUUGCAUAUGACUUUAUGUAGGAAAGAACCAAGCUUAGAGUGCAUUAUUAAGCUGGUUCACAGCAUGAAAAUGACGCAUUUGCUCAAUCUUACAAACAAACAGUCACAAACUAUUCUACAUUUGGCCGUAAUACACGAUAUGCCCAAUGUCAUACCUUUACUCGUAGACAAAGGUUGCGAUCCAAUGAUAGAGGACCUUGAAGGGAACAAUGUAAUACAUAACGCUGUUAUAUACCAAUCGUGCUUGGAACCUUUACUGACUGCACUCAAGCGCAGUAGAGUUUCUUUCAACUUGAACGCGUUUAACAAUGAAAAGCAAACAGCGUUGCAUUUGGCCGUGAUCCACAAAAGCGCUGCAAGCGUUAGACAGCUGAUGAGAAAUGGCGCUAGCAAUAAUGUUCGGGACAGCGACGGUAGAACGCCGCUGCAUCUAGCCGCUUACGACGACUGCCUGGAAGUCGCGCAGGAACUGCUAGAAUACGUGGCGCCGAGUGAGAUUGAUGCAUUAGACGGGAGGGGAUACACUGCACUCCAAGUUGUAUGCGACGGUGGUGUCAGGAAGCACACUUAUGAUUUGGUCAAACUAUUGUUACUGAAAAAGGCUGAUCCUCGUAAGUGCGAAGAGAACAGUUCGUCAGCGUGGCACAUGGCCAAAGACAAGCCGUUGAUAAGGGAGGUCAUGAAGGCUUGUUCUGCCUUCACUGUCGGUCUCGAAGAUGACGACAUCAAAUCGGAACCGGAAGACGAGUUCGAGUCUGCUGAUGAAAGCGAGAUAGUGGACAGUGGUUUAGCCGAGUUGUCUCAGUACUCGGGUGAAGUAUGCGCCAUAUUGGAUGCAAGCGAAGGCUGGCGCCGCCUCGCCGACCGCCUGCAGUUGCAAACACUGCACUCCUGGUAUGCCAACACUAGCAGCCCGGCGCGGACCCUGCUGCACCACUUAAAGGAAUGUGAUAACAACAUAACUUCGAAGUCUUUGGCUACGAUCCUGGAGGAAAUUGGCGAAACUAAGGCUGCUCUUAUCAUCCGACGGCAUAUAGACUAAGGGCAACCAAAGUGACUUAAUGAACUUUUCUUUUUAUUAAGUUUAGAACUUAAAUAAUUAAUUAUAGUUAAGGUAAUGAAAUGACAUUUAUACCUGUUUUUAUGAAUUAUCAAUGAAGUAAAUGAAAACUGUUUGUUGAAAAAAUUAUUUUUAUAUUGACAUGUCAU